AUUAUUCACAGUUGUCAAUACGUAUCCACAACUGCGUACGUAUCUGUCACGAUGAAGUUGACAUUAGGGCUGUUCGCCAUUUUGGCCAUCAUCAGUCUGGGACAAGCUCACCAGUUCCCGGACUUUGGCAAAGGUCCUCUUCAUGAGGAUUUGCAAGACAUUCUAGAUUUAGUCCCUGUAGAAAAAAUUUUUGAAGUCCUUGUGGACUACAUGACAGAUGAUAAUGAAGUACUAGAUGUUCUUGAAGACAUAGCAGAUUCAACUACAAUCAAAGAAGCGGUAUUAGAGUUCCAAGCCAUUCCUGAAGUGAGCAAGUUUGUCGCUUAUCUACGUAAGGAAGGCAUCAAUAUCAAUGUAAUGAACCUGAUUAACAAAUCGCUCGAUAUCAAGGAAUUAGUAUUAUCUAAUUCUAAAGAAUACUCUACGAUGAAGAGAACCGGUGGACUCCGCGGAAUGUUUGAAGACAUGAAGAAACACAUCAAUUACGAUGUCUUUAUUAGUAUAUAUGUGGAUAAGCUAAAAACCUCUGAAGCCUUCGUCAACUUCAUCAACCAAAUUAAAUCCAAAAACUUCCAACAGAUCAUUAACAAACUUUACGAAAUAAAGCCCUUCCAGGUCAUCCUAAACUAUCUUGAAGUCAAAUCAGUAAAUUUAAAAAUUGCCGCAAUUCUUAGCAUCAGAAUAAUUGGUAUCACUGUACCAAGCCGUUCUAAAACAUUACUGGAAGAGCUUAUGGACUUCAUCAAUCUUAUUCCAAUAGAAAAGUUUCUCGAUAUAAUAAUCCAAUAUGUAAAUGAAGACAAACAAGUGCAAAAAGCUUUACAGUUCGUAUUAACAGCAGAAUAUCACGAUUUGCUACGCGCCCUGGAAGCUCUUAAGGAACAUCAAGCACUGGUGGUAUAUUUAGAAAAGGCUGGACUUCCUGUUAUUGAAUUUAUCCAGGAAAUGCAUCGUGCAAUCGGCAUGGAAAAAUAUGUACCACCCAAAAUAAAAGAUCUCUUUACUAGGAAGUCUUUAAUUAAGACGCAAAAGAUCGGCGAAGGAAUGCAAGGAAUGUUCAAGGAUCUUUAUGAUGUAUUACCUUUGGACAAAAUUGACGCGCUUUUCCAAAAGAAGAUGAAGACUUCCAAAGUAUUUGUUGAUUUCAUCAAAAAGAUUACGUCCAAAGAAAUGAUAAAAAUGCUUAGUGAUCUAGGCGCUCACAAGACUUAUAAGGAGUUUAUCACAAAGACCAAAGAAAAGGGAUUGGACAUGGAAGGAUCAGCAAUUCUUAGCAUCAGAAUAAUUGGUAUCACUGUACCAAGCCGUUCUAAAACAUUACUGGAAGAGCUUAUGGACUUCAUCAAUCUUAUUCCAAUAGAAAAGUUUCUCGAUAUAAUAAUCCAAUAUGAUAAUAACCUGAAUAUAAAUAAACCUUAA